AUGCAUUUGUGCAAGAUAUGUUUAUCAACAAAACAAGUUUUAAGAUAUAUCUUACAUGCAUAUCCGUUUUUCUUCCUUUUCCACAAGCCCCAAAAUGCGAAUGUGGAAAAGAGACAUGAGAGUCAGUGGAAGAAGAUAAAUGACAACGCUUGUUACUUUCCAGCAGAAUUAUGUGAUGCUAAUCGCACAUAG